AUGAUGUCGCCAUCUGCGGAGAGCCUUCCGAGCUCCUGCAAUGCCUCGCCCCGCGUGAUGGCGGCAACCCCGCGACCGGGACAACUGCUUCUUCCACAGCAGAACACCAAAAUGCCAGGUGUAUCUCCGAGGAAGAUGUACAUCGAUUUGUACGCUCCUCCCUCUGCUCGGAGUACAGCACCUCCAUUGAGCGCUGCAGGAUCGUCGUCUUUUGACAGCGCGCCGGCGUCGGCGAGGUCGCUUGGAUGGUUCACAGGUCCUCCUGCGGGCUCUGCUCCCGCAACUGCACGAUAUGUCCUGCCUGCAACGCAAGAAAAAGCGCUCGGCGCAUCUUCGUCUGGGGCGUUCCGGACAGGCCUCGGCUGUCCCGCCGCGCUGAGGCCCCUGGCAGCAGCUACUCCACGACGAGUGGUCCAAGAAGAACCGUAUUUCAAAGUUCAUUCGCCUCCAUAUGAGAAACUGCAGGGAAAGGUGCAGUCCUACAUCGACGGACAGGGAAAACUGCACGCCCCGCCGGAGGACCACCACAAGCUGUUCAGGAAUCACAUUCUCUGCAUGCGAAGAAAAGACCUUCUCGGGCUCUCUGGCACUCCCCAUCCCGAGCAGUAUCCGAAGCGAGCUGCAGCAAAGGGUUCCUACCUGGAGGACUUCCGGGUACCUGCCCCGCUUGAUGGACACCAUUUCGACCAUGACCCUUUGCUGAGGAACAGACUGACCCCGACAGAUGCGCUUCCCUACAUUAGAGAGCAGGGCAACGUCGGUCACCCUCUCAACUUCUUCCACAAUGACCUCAUGCUCGACAAUGUAAUGUUACCCGGGCAGCUGGAGCAUUAUUGCCCAGGCACGGUUGCGACGUACGUAGACGUCCCGAACUUCGGGCGCAUGCAGGGCUUAUACGCCAAACAAAAAGAUGGUACAGUAUACCCGCUGAUUACUUUACCAAAAAUGACCCCCCACGACAUUUUCAAGACUCUGGAGAAGAUGCAAGCGCACCGGCGCGCGAUGCGUCGGCAGAAUCCGUUGUGGACGGUUCUUUGCUGCCAGUGCCGGGAGACAGAAGAGGAGCACUACGAAGAUAAGGUCAUUUCACAGAUGGAGGCCGCAUACGGUUUCAAAAAUGGCGGAACUAUGCUGGGUCAGUAG